AGACCCAGCCCGCUGCGGAGGGCGGCUGGAAGAGUCGCUGAGGGGCGCGCCGGGCGCGCUCUGCUCCUGCGCCGCGUCUCUCCCGUAGCCGCCUCGGGUCGCGGGGUCGGAGACGGCAACGCAGGGUCCCUUGGCCCCUUGGCAGCGGCCCCCGCAGCCAGGAGCUGCAUGCGACGCGCGGCGGCGCUCCCGGCCGCCUGCUUUCCCCGCGGCGCGCGCGGACGCCGGAGGGCUCCGGGGCCGCGGGUCCUGUCGACUGCGGGGGCGCCCUCCCGCCCCGCGGCCCCGUUCCCACCCUCAGCCCGCGGCGGCGGCGGCGCCGAGCCCCAGCUUUGUAGGAAGCUAACCUCCCAGAGGCAGACAGGAUGGCUAGCUCAGCCCGGGAGCACCUGCUUUUUGUGCGGCGUCGAAAUCCCCAGAUGCGGUACACACUGAGCCCAGAGAACCUCCAGAGCCUGGCCGCCCAGAGCUCCAUGCCCGAGAACAUGACCCUACAGAGGGCGAACAGUGACACGGACCUGGUGACUUCUGAGAGCCGCUCCAGCUUGACUGCGAGCAUGUACGAGUACACGCUGGGGCAAGCCCAGAACCUCAUUAUCUUCUGGGACAUUAAAGAGGAGGUGGACCCUAGUGAUUGGAUUGGACUUUAUCAUAUAGAUGAGAAUUCUCCAGCCAACUUCUGGGAUUCUAAAAACAGGGGUGUGACUGGAACCCAAAAAGGGCAAAUCGUAUGGAGAAUUGAGCCUGGGCCCUAUUUCAUGGAACCGGAGAUAAAAAUCUGUUUUAAAUACUACCACGGCAUUAGUGGAGCCCUUCGCGCCACGACCCCCUGCAUUACCGUGAAGAACCCGGCUGUGAUGAUGGGGGCAGAAGGCAUGGAAGGAGGUGCUUCUGGAAAUCAGCAUUCUCGGAAACUAGUUAGCUUUACUUUGUCAGAUCUUAGAGCAGUUGGGCUAAAGAAAGGGAUGUUCUUCAAUCCUGACCCUUAUCUUAAGAUGUCCAUUCAGCCAGGGAAGAAGAGCAGUUUCCCCACCUGUGCCCACCAUGGGCAGGAGAGAAGGUCUACUAUCAUCAGUAACACCACCAAUCCAAUUUGGCACCGAGAGAAAUAUUCCUUUUUUGCACUUCUUACUGAUGUCUUAGAAAUUGAAAUUAAAGACAAAUUUGCCAAGAGCCGUCCCAUCAUCAAGCGUUUUCUGGGGAAACUAACCAUUCCAGUCCAGAGAUUGUUGGAGCGGCAAGCGAUUGGUGAUCAAAUGCUCAGCUACAACCUCGGCCGCAGGCUCCCAGCUGACCACGUGAGCGGGUACCUCCAGUUUAAAGUGGAGGUUACGUCUUCUGUGCACGAAGAUGCUUCUCCAGAAGCUGUUGGCACAAUACUUGGGGUCAAUAGUGUGAAUGGAGACCUCGGAAGCCCUUCUGAUGAGGAGGACAUGCCGGGGGGCCAUCAUGACAGCCCCGUUUGUUCUAAUGGACCAGUUUCUGAGGACAGUGCUGCUGAUGGGACACCCAAGCAUUCUUUCAGGACUAGCUCUACUCUGGAAAUAGACACAGAGGAAUUAACCUCUACUUCUUCAAGGACCUCACCUCCCCGAGGACGUCAGGAUUCACUCAAUGAUUACUUGGAUGCGAUUGAACACAAUGGCCAUUCCAGGCCGGGCACGGCUCCCUGCUCAGAGAGGACCAUGGGAGCCUCUCCAAAACUAAGGAGUAGUUUUCCCACCGACACAAGACUCAAUGCAAUGCUUCAUAUUGACUCAGAUGAGGAAGACCACGAGUUCCAGCAAGACCUAGGAUAUCCAUCUUCCUUGGAGGAGGAAGGAGGAUUAAUAAUGUUUGGCACAGCAUCAAGAACUGAUGACGUGAGCCUGACAUCGCAGACAAAGCCAGAAGACAACCCAGUGGAGGUCGAGGAAGCCUCCACAAACGAAGCUGCUUCCUUUGAGGAUAAGCCGGAACAUCUUCCAGAGCUUGCAGAGGGCUCCUUACCCCCAGGCCCAGUCCCAGACGAAAGUGAAAAUGGCCAAGAGUCUCAACCGAGUGCUGACCAGAGCAGCACCGAAUUGUGUGGCUCUCAGGAGGUGGAUCAGGCCACAAGCGGGGCAGACACGGGGACUUCAGACACGUCAGGAGGAAGCCGCAGAGCCAUCAGUGAGACUGAGUCCCUGGAUCAGGGGUCUGAGCCUUCCCAGGUGUCCUCUGAAACAGAGCCCAGUGACCCUGCCAGGACAGAGAGUGUGAGCGAGGCCAGCACCAGGCCGGAGGGUGAGAGCGACCUGGAGGGGGCUGACAGCUCCUGCAAUGAGAGCGUUACCACGCAGCUCUCCUCGGUGGACACACGGUGCUCGUCUCUUGAGAGUGCACGCUUUCCCGAAACCCCGGCCUUUUCUUCUCAGGAGGAGGAAGACGGAGCCUGUGCAGCAGAGCCCACCAGCAGUGGCCCCGCUGAAGGGUCACAGGUUUCCAUACGCACACCCAGCUCUUUACCUGUGGUGCAGGUGCCCAGUGGAGAGGAGGAAGGGCCAGGGGCAGACUCAGCCUCUCUACCUCACCAGGAGGAGGUGGGGGAGGUCUGGCAGCGUCGGAGGAGCCUGGAGGGAGCUGCUGCCACCGCCGAGAGCCAGCCCCAAGAAGAGGGUGAUGCUGGGGAUGCCCGCGGGGCUUGCGAAGGGGCGACGGCCCAGGAGGAGGGCGCCACUGGAGGUUCUCAAGCCAAUGGCCACCAGCCAUUGAGAUCGCUGCCUUCGGUACGCCAGGAUGUUAGCCGCUACCAGAGGGUGGACGAGGCUCUCCCACCAAACUGGGAGGCGCGCAUCGACAGCCACGGCAGGAUCUUCUACGUGGAUCACGUCAACAGAACCACCACGUGGCAGCGGCCAACAGCGCCCCCGGCUCCUCAGGUGCUGCAGAGGUCCAACUCCAUACAGCAAAUGGAGCAGCUGAACCGAAGAUACCAGAGUAUCCGCAGAACCAUGACUAACGAGAGGCCUGAAGAAAAUACCAACGCUAUCGAUGGGGCAGGGGAGGAAGCCGACUUUCACCAAGCCAGUGCAGAUUUCCGACGGGAGAGCAUCCUGCCCCACUCUACCUCUAGAUCCAGGCUCACGUUGCUGUUACAGUCUCCCCCUGUGAAAUUCCUCAUCAGCCCAGAGUUCUUCACCGUGCUGCAUUCUAACCCUAGUGCCUACCGCAUGUUUACAAACAAUACGUGUUUGAAGCACAUGAUCACCAAAGUCCGGCGGGACACCCACCACUUCGAGCGCUACCAGCAUAACCGCGAUCUUGUGGGAUUCCUCAACAUGUUCGCCAACAAACAGCUGGAGCUGCCAAGGGGCUGGGAGAUGAAACAUGAUCAUCAGGGCAAGGCAUUCUUUGUCGACCACAACUCCCGCACCACCACUUUUAUCGAUCCCCGGCUCCCACUCCAGAGCAGUAGACCCACGAGCGCGCUGGUUCAUCGGCAGCACCUGACGAGGCAACGCAGCCACAGCGCGGGCGAGGUGGGAGAAGAUUCUCGACAUACAGGACCCCCAGUUCUUCCCAGGCCAUCGAGUACAUUCAACACAGUCAGUAGGCCGCAGUACCAGGACAUGGUUCCAGUGGCUUACAAUGACAAGAUUGUUGCAUUUCUGCGCCAACCCAACAUCUUUGAAAUUCUACAGGAGCGUCAACCUGAUCUUACCAGGAAUCAUUCACUCAGGGAGAAGAUCCAAUUUAUCCGAACUGAAGGGACCCCAGGAUUGGUGCGUCUUUCAAGUGAUGCAGACCUUGUUAUGUUGCUGAGUUUAUUUGAAGAAGAGAUAAUGUCUUAUGUGCCUCCACAUGCCUUACUUCACCCCAGCUACUGUCAGUCCCCACGUGGCUCCCCUGUGUCCUCUCCCCAGAACUCGCCAGGUACUCAGCGUGCCAAUGCCCGGGCUCCAGCCCCUUACAAGCGAGACUUUGAAGCCAAACUAAGGAACUUUUACAGGAAGUUAGAGACUAAAGGAUAUGGACAAGGCCCAGGGAAAUUAAAGUUAAUUAUCAGAAGAGAUCACUUACUAGAAGAUGCUUUUAAUCAGAUCAUGGGCUACUCCAGAAAAGACUUGCAGAGAAAUAAGCUGUACGUCACAUUUGUCGGGGAGGAAGGGCUGGAUUACAGUGGACCUUCCAGAGAGUUUUUCUUCCUCGUAUCCAGAGAACUCUUUAACCCAUAUUACGGCUUAUUUGAAUAUUCGGCCAAUGACACAUACACAGUACAAAUAAGUCCCAUGUCUGCUUUCGUAGACAAUCACCAUGAAUGGUUCCGGUUCAGUGGUAGGAUUCUUGGUCUUGCACUCAUACACCAGUAUUUGUUGGAUGCCUUCUUCACACGGCCCUUUUAUAAAGCUCUUCUCAGAAUUCUAUGUGACCUGAGUGAUCUAGAAUACCUUGACGAAGAGUUCCACCAGAGCCUGCAGUGGAUGAAAGACAAUGACAUCCAUGACAUCUUGGACCUUACAUUCACUGUGAACGAAGAAGUUUUUGGGCAGAUUACCGAACGAGAAUUAAAACCAGGGGGUGCCAAUAUCCCGGUCACAGAGAAGAACAAGAAGGAGUACAUCGAGAGGAUGGUGAAAUGGAGGAUUGAGAGGGGUGUCGUGCAGCAAACAGAGAGCUUAGUGCGUGGCUUCUAUGAGGUGGUAGAUGCCAGGCUGGUGUCUGUUUUUGAUGCAAGAGAACUGGAACUGGUCAUCGCAGGCACAGCUGAAAUCGACCUGAGUGAUUGGAGAAACAACACGGAAUAUAGAGGAGGAUAUCAUGACAAUCAUAUUGUAAUUCGGUGGUUCUGGGCUGCAGUGGAAAGAUUCAACAAUGAGCAACGACUAAGGUUGUUACAGUUUGUCACAGGCACAUCCAGCAUUCCCUAUGAAGGAUUUGCUUCUCUCCGAGGGAGUAAUGGCCCAAGAAGAUUCUGUGUGGAGAAAUGGGGGAAAAUCACUGCUCUUCCCAGAGCUCACACUUGCUUUAACCGUCUGGAUCUCCCCCCGUAUCCAUCCUUCUCCAUGCUUUAUGAAAAACUCUUGACAGCAGUAGAAGAGACCAGCACCUUUGGACUUGAGUGACCUGGGAAAGUGAUGUCAGGCUCCGUAUGGACAGGCAAUUUCAGAAGCUGCCCUUCGAAGAAUGGCUGAACAUUGGAAGUUUGAAGAGUAGACUUCCAUUAGACUAAAGCUGAAUGCUCUGAUUUUCCAGGAACACAUGCUCUGUCACGUCUGGGGACCAGAUAGUGGUGAUGAGUCCUCUUGGAAGGGUUGGGGUGAGCUUGAUGCCCAGGGAACAACCCAACAGUCUUUGAAUCAACAGUUGUUGACUGCCAAACUUUUUUCCAUUUGUGUUAUGUUCCAAGACAAAGGUGAACCUGUACACGAUCAGCUCCGUGGUCACUUUUAGGGACUCAGGAGAGUCGUGAAACUUACCAGUGAACAUGGACCAAGCCAAACUGGCAGCACUUGGCCCAAUCUCCAAAUUAGCGCAAGUUAAUAUAAUAAAAACCAAUGUGUUUCCUGAAGGUACAUUCACUGAAGCCCUAAGUUAUAGCAGAAUGUUCUUUUUCUUGCUUAUGAGUACCUGCAUGGUGUGCAUCAUAGGGUUCAGCUUUCAUGGGACACAAGUGAAAAUGAAACCCAGUCAACAUGAGGUAACUUUAAAGAUUUGCAAUAAGGUGGUCUGUGACAAUGUAUAUGCAAAUGGUCUGUGUGUAAUUAUGGCUGAAGACAAACUGUUAUACAAUGAAUAACUAAUGACAGAUUUUAUGCUUUAUAAUGCAUGAAAACAAUUUAAAAAUAACUAGCAAUUAAUCACUGCAUAUCAGGAAAAAAUACACAGUGAGUUCUGUUUUAUUUUUCCUAGGUUCAUUAUAUUUCUGUUCUUUAUGAUGUAUAUAAGAACCUACCUGUCAUGCUGUAUGUCUCACCUGUUCCAUUUCCAUGUUCCAUGCUUACUCGGGCAUCAUGCUAGUACGUAUCCUUUUAAGCACUCUCAAGGGAACAAAAGGGCCUUUUAUUUUUAUAAAGGUACAAAAAAAUUCCCCGAAAUAUUUUGCACUGAAUGUACCAAAGUUGAAGGGACAUUACAAUAUGACUAACAGCAACUCCAUCACUUGACAAGUAUAAUAGAAAAUAGCUUCUAAAUCAGACUUUCUUCACAGUGCCAUGUCUACCACUACAAGGACUGUGCAUCUAAGUAAUAAUUUUUUAAGACUCACUAUAUGUGAUAGUAUGAUAUGCAUUUAUUUAAAAUGCAUUAGACUUCUUCCAUCCAUCAAAUACUUUACAGGAUGGCAUUUAAUACAGAUAUUUCGUAUUUCCCCCACUGCUUUUUAUUUGUACAGCAUCAUUAAACACUAAGCUCAUUUAGGGAGCCAUUAGCAACACCCAAGAAAUCAGCUCUCUUUAGUAAUAAGAAUUCCAUUUUCCCUUAUCGGUGAAGACAUCACAAAUUGAAACUCUCAGUACUAUAUUUCUAAGCCUGCAUUUUCACUGAUGCAUAAUUUUCUUAUCAAUAUUAAGAAACAAUUUUUCUAUGGUAUCUCAGAAACUGCACGAUAUCACUAAUGUUAUUUCUGCAUAGUUUUAUCAGAGGAUGUUCUUCAUUUUUAUUGCUUUUGGGGUUACUCCACAUCGUUGUUUAUUUCUUGACUUAUGGCCAUAACUAAUCGGAGUGAGUUCUUCAGUAGAGUGAAGUUAAAUCAUGGAUAAUAAAAGCCUUGGAUUAACAUUUGAUUUGCCAGCCUGUGAUUUUACAGGCGUUGCCCAAACACCUCUUUGAGAAUUAUAAGUAGCUAUGGAAUUCCUAUUAUGGGAUGUUGGCAAUCUUGUAUUUUAUAGGGUCAUAGCAUGGUUUUCACAGGUGGUUUGUAAGAACUAAUCGCUCUCCUAUUGGUUAAGCUAUGUUUACUAUUGAGACCCUCAAGAGAAAUACCACUCAUGCUGCAUUCCUGAACUAAGGACAGGUACUGUAGCAUGGGGAAAUGUUCCCCAAAAAAGACUACCAAAAUCUGGAGAUAAGAAAGGAAGAUUUAUCUGUAUGCUAUAAUUGGACCAGAGAAAAAGGGAAGAGAAAAAAGUUUUAAUUGGAAAUGUUAGUUUGUACUUACUGAUCAUGAAUAUAAGUAUAUAUUUAAUUUUGCAAACUAUUUUUUACUUGUUUGUAUUUUUUUCAUUAUAAGGAAUAAUAGUAUAACAUACUUUAAAAAAAAAAAACCCACAUCUUUGAUUGUAUAUAAGAUGGUUCAGAGCCGGCAUUCUUGAAGCAGCUGGUAUAAAAGGUUACACAUUUCUUUCAAAAAAUAGACCACGUUAGCUUUCAUUUUGGUUUGUGACACCUUGUUAUCAUAUUCCACAUCAUUAGGUAAAAGAGGUUUGAAAUAAAAUGCAUAAAAAUGCAUCUCUUUAAUUAAUCCUAACAAAUAUAUUUCUUGUUAAGGCAUCUAACUUCUUCCCAAAUAGCAGUAUAAUCAUCUACUGUUGCUAUUGUUCUCAGAACUGGGAAUUAUCGAAGAUGGACUUAGCAUAUCAGAACACCAUGAUAACUGAUCUGUUAUUCUUAAUUAGUAAAACAAAAUUCCAAUAAUAACAAUAAAAACAUUAAAUAACAUUUCCACAGAAUACAGUAGGCUUUAAUAUCCUCUACGAAUAGAAAUAUCCAUAAAUAUUUUCUUCUGGACUCUGAGCCCAGAUGACUUGGCUGUGUGGCUCAUUUUCUUUCAGAAAUUCACGAGUGAUGCUUAUACUCUACUGUCUUCUAUUAUAAAAGACAGUCACGAUGCAUCGUGUAUACAUGCGGAACGUCUCUUAGAUGGAGCAAGACGCACACUCUCGGCCUCACUCUGUGCCAGCCACGGUGUUGGACGAUGGAGCCACAAGAUUCAAAAUCUGCCGUUGAGAAGCUCAGUCUAGAGGAGGAGAUGCCGAGGUUUAAAAAAAGGAUUUUUAAUAAAAUUUGGUAUGUUCUACAAUCGAGGAAUGAGGAAAGAAUGGCUUAUUCCCCCUGGGAAAUCCACUGAAGGCUUCAUACAUGGGAGAUACUGUGGCUAAAAAUAAAAAUCACAUAAAUGCUCUUUCUAUUGGUAACUAAUGGCAUGUGAUAGUGUAUCAACACUGGUCAAGUGGGGAGGCCCAGGGCGCAUUCACACGCGAGGGUUUAAAGUGUGCAGAUGGGGGGUUGAACCAUGAAGGAGCAGCUCCAGGAGCCUCAGAUUAUCACAGAAAUGCCAAAAUUAAAUCCAAUACGUUCCUUCAGUUUCCUUUCAUCUGCACUGCAGUGUACCUUCAGUCUUCAGUGGGAAAAAUCCGUCCUUGAGCCCAACCCACUCCCAGGGUCAGGACGUUUAUUUUGUGCACAAAAAAUGAAUGGAUCUUGGUUAAAGAAGUACAGUCACAAUUUUCUAGCAUAUGUUGUGUUUAUAAUUUAGUAGACAUUCCGUAAUCAAUGAGGGAAAAUCUGUUUCACCUGCAUUAACAAUCAUGCGUCAUCUUACGUCUUUUGCUGCUCAUAUGCUUCUGUGGGGUAGAAGGUAUCAAUCCCAGCUGGGCUGAGGCUGAUUUUCAUGGAUGGCUUGUAAGAUCCGUUUCAGCACUUUAUGGUUACAAUUCUAGGUUUCAUUUCAACAAAUGGGAAGACUAAUGUUUCUACUAACAUAUUCCACUAUCAGUGAAUUUUGCAAGAUGUUGCAUCUGCCCCAAUUCUCAUUUCUUUAAACACUCCUAAAACGUGUCACCUUCUGAAAAGCCCAUGGAAGAAAUUAGUACAUGCGUCGAAAAGCUCCUCAAAGACUUAAUACUUGCAUUUUACUACUUGUUAUGAGAAAUUUAAAACAAUGCAAAAUUUGAUGGCAUUUGGUGGAUUUCUGUAGUAUGGUAGUUUAAUUUUCUCAGACAUUAUUUGGGAAGCAAGAUAAUGGGGAAGAAAACCCACUGUAAUCAGAAACAGUAUUUUAUUUUUUAAUUCUUAACGAGGAUGGAUCUAGAAGCUCUGGUUAGCUAGGUUCCAGUGAUGUGGAUGAAGGAACCCCUGCAGGUUCUCUUUUCCUCUCUGUCCUCUUCACAUUCACUCAAUUUUUGUCUUUCUUUCUGCACAAAUUGUAUUUAUGACUUGACCACUUCUCACUAAGGCAAACAUUAUACAAUAAAGAGUCUGAAAGUCUUUCCAACUUAACUAUAUUGGAGGAAUUCCCAAGACAGGUGAAAUGAUGAUAUACCAUCAUUAAAAGACAUCUGUAACCCUGCACAGUAAAAACAUGCAAAAGAAGAAUGUGACCUAAUCUCCAAACUGGGCCUGAAUUUCAGGCCCUAUUGUUCUCUCUUACCUGCUUUAGUUGCUGAGUGUGAAAGCACUCUAGAUCUUAGACACAUUACUUCCAUAAAACUUGAGCUUAAAUUAAUGAGCAUGUCACUUUUAAUCAGAUUCUAAUUUUGCAAAACCUGUUACCUUUCUAGUUUGAUUGUGUUUUCCAGAUAAAUUUGUUUAUCUAACAUGGAAGCAAAGGAAUGCCAGAGACAUUAAAGCUUUCUAAACUGUGGCUCAAGGCCAACGGCUGCCCACUAGAAGCUCAGCAGUUGUGUUCCCCACCCGGGCCGGAAUGUAAUGCUAAUUAUUGACCAACUCUCAAGACUCAGGAGUGGUAGCUGCAUUCCAAGGAGCUGGCACAACGGAUAUAAUGCGUGUGUGUGCUACCCUAAUCACAGCAAUCUGGACCGGAAGGAAUGCAGGGAUGGUUAAGACAGGAUCCUAGCAAAGGGAAAGUUAAAACAAGGGUUGGAAUGAUCAUCUUAGGGCUUCAGUUUGGUUUCUGACUUUGGGGAAAAAAGGAAAAAGAAUGUCCUACUGCCUAGUGAGGAUACUGCUUGAUACUGCCCGGUGGGAAAUACCCUCGUCGUAUAACUUCAGUAGGUUGAUAACAUCUUCUGUAUUGCACAACAGAAUUUAAAAGUAUUAAAGCUAACCACAGAUGAAUCAGGAAAAUUUGACAAUUUAGCAUGAAAUUAUGUUGUGGAUUUUAUUACUGUUGCUAUUAUUGAACUUUCAAUAUAAGUUGAAAAAAUGGUGUAGCUUGACAUAUUUAUGAUGCUUAAUUCGUUUCCCAGCAGACAUUCUUUGACAUUAGAAGAGCUUUUGGGACAUUUUCAUGGUUUCUAGUGGUUACUUAAAUGUUCCCUAUUAAUCCAGAAAGCAAAACCUUAAGAAUUAGAUUUCUGAAUUGCAAAUGGAGACCUAAUCAGUGUUUCCAAUUUUUCAGGAAGCUAAUCAAGACUGAAAACACAUUUGCUUAGAUGUAAUCUGCUAGGGAGUUUAUUUGGCUUUUAUGAUGGCAUAGUUCAGCAGCAUUGGCAGACCCUAGUUGUAGGGUUUCUGGGAAAAACAAGGAAAUUAAUUUUAUAUAUGUGAUUUUUUAUGUUGAGUGGCCUUGGGCAGGUGAUAUAUUUCUAUCUAAUUUUCUUUUAGUAUAUCACAACCCUGAGGAGUGUUGAUAGGUAUGUUGUGUGAUUCAAACUGAAUCACCUAUUACUGAUGCAGGUAAGCAACCAUCAGUAAACUUCUGGUUACUACACCUUCUGUAAAAAAGGAUGGAUAAUGUUCAAGAAAUACCUUGGAAGGAUUAACCAGGAUACACACAGAACUGAAUGUUCUUUUAGGACCCUAAUGCUCUAAAAGCUGUUAUUACAACCUAUUUUUCUUUAUAUGAUAUCGUAAGUAAAAUUUGAAGCUGUUAAUAUAUUGGAAAGUGCAUAAGAUUACAUGUUUUUAUAAUAGGGAUGCAGGCAUUCCAAAGUAAAUAAAAAUACAUGCAUCUCUCUUGCCUCUUACUGCAAGUAUUAAUCUAAUUUUAUAAUAAUGCUUACUUUUUAAUAUUAAGGCUCUGUAAAAAAAAACAUAUUUAUUUCUAAGAUUUCAGUAGAGCACAGGUGAUGUAUUUUUUUAAGCCUUUCCAUUUCUUUUCACCAACUACACCCAUGUAUCUACUAUACCAUGCAUCACAGUCAAGAGCUAUGUUUCUAUUUUUGUUGAGUCGAUUUAAGCUUCAUAUUCAUUCAGUGUGACUCUUAAUAGAGAAUUAUAAUGGGAGGUAUUUAGUAUUGACACACACAGUUCUCAUUUCACCUUAUAUUUAAAUUUCAUCUAUUUUUUUCUAAUGCAAAUAAUGCAGAUCAUUGACAUCCUAGAAAUGACUUGUGGGUGGUAUUAAAUGGAGCCUGGGACUCUGAAAUGUAGACUAGAUGUUGGUUUUCCGGAAAGUUUGUAUUCUUAUCCUCACCUGAACUCCUGACUUUUGUGUUGUAUUUUUUUAUGAUUCCAAAAUGCUUUGAGGGAAAGAUAUUUUAAUGUGUACAAUUUGUUUUAUUUUCAUACUGAUCUCUAUUUUUGUUUAAAACCAUGUUGCAUCAUGAAAUCACUUAAUCCAAAAUAAAUCUUCUUUAAAAAAAUA